AGAGCAAGGACUACAACUCCCGGCAUCCCCCACGGCGCCAUCUUCCACCCGCCAAUCAGCGGGCGCGGGGGCGGGACUUCGCUGAGACUUAACGGCCGGGUUAAUGCCCUAGGUUUCUCUGGCUCGGAAGUAGAUCUGCUCAUUUCUGGUGGUGAGUGGUUAGGGGCUGCUGCUGGCUCGGGAUUGUUACUGGAGCGUUCCGGCGGGCGCGCGGCGGCUCCAGCUGAAACACUCUGCGAGUUCAUCAUGAUUCUCCAACAGCUAUUCAGGUUUUCCUCCAUUUUCCGCUCUGCCAUCUCAGUACACUUGCGUAGGAACAUUGGCCUUUCUGCUAUAGUGUUUAAUAAGGCGAAGGAACUUGAUCCAGUUCAGAAGCUUUUUAUAGACAAGAUCAGAGAAUACAACAUGAAGAGCCAGAAAGCUGGCGGUCCAGCUGAUGUAGGCCCUGAAUACCAGAAAGACAUGGCUGAAGAAAUUGCCAAAAUUCAGCGGUUGUAUGGUGGGGGAGACCUGACCAAAUUUCCAGACUUCAAAUUUGAGGAGCCCAACUUUGAAGAGUCUCAAAAAUGAUGUGGUUGACAUCUGUAGUCCAAGCACUGGUGUCCUCUUUCUCAUGGAGUUGUUAAAUAGGCCAGAUGUUGUAAUGUAAUGUGGAGUUUCACUUUCAAAUACUUGUUUGACUUCUGAACUCAAUACUGUACAAGAACAACAUGAUUCUUGUGAACUGCCAUAUUCAUAAAAUUCACUCUUGGAGAUCAAAUAUAAAGUGCUUAAGUCUUUUAUCCAGUGUUUAAACACUAUUUACUGAAAUGACAUUUCAGUAUCCAAAUAAAACCAAAUGACCACUUAAGUGCAAAAUACAGUUAAUGAUAGCUUUCCUGUUGAAAAGAACUAUGCUUCCCUAGAUUUUAAUCACUUGUCAUUGAAAUCGUAUAAAAAUACAAUAAAGCCUGCAAAUAUGG